AGGAGGAGGAGGAGGGGGCGGCGGCUGAAACCAUGUCCGGGCAGCGCCGGGGGCUGCCGCUGCCGCGAACGGGGAGCCGAGAUGGCCCGGUGGCCCGCGCCGCCGCCCCCGCCUCCGCCGCCCCCUCCCCUUCCUCCUCCUCCUCCUCCGGCCUCGUCGGCUAAGGGCCCGCCGGCGCGCAAGCUGCUCUUCAUGUGCACCCUGUCCCUGUCCGUCACCUACCUGUGCUACAGCCUCCUGGGCUGCUACACCUCCCUGCAGGUCCCGCUGGCGCUGCGCGAGCCCCCCGCCGCCGGGCCCGGGCCCGGGCCCCCCGUCCCCGCCCCGGCCCCCGCCCCGGCCGGCCGGCCGGCCCGGGCCCCCCGGCCCCCGCCGGCCCCCGCCCAGACCGCGGCGGCGCCCGGGGGCCCGCCCGCCCGGGGCCCGCCCGCCCGGAGCCCGCCCGCCCGGGAGCCGCGGGAGGCCAGCGCCGCGGACGAGGAGCCGGCGGGGGGCCGCGGGGCGGGCGGGGCCCCCGGGACCCCCACGCCCGACUACGGGGAGAAGAGGCUGCCGCAGGCGCUGAUCGUCGGGGUGAAGAAGGGGGGCACCCGGGCGCUGCUGGAGGCCAUCCGGGUGCACCCCGACGUGCGGGCCGUGGGCACCGAGCCCCACUUCUUCGACAGGAACUACGACCGGGGGCUGGACUGGUACAGAAAUGUAAUGCCCAAGACCCUGGAAGGCCAGAUCACCAUGGAGAAAACCCCGAGCUACUUUGUAACGAAUGAGGCCCCGAAACGUAUCCACUCCAUGGCCAAGGACACCAAGCUGAUCGUGGUGGUGAGGAACCCGGUGACCAGGGCCAUCUCAGACUACACGCAGACGCUGUCCAAGAAGCCUGAGAUCCCCACUUUUGAGGUGUUGGCCUUCAAGAACCGGACCCUGGGGCUGAUUGACGCCUCUUGGAGUGCCAUCCGCAUCGGAAUCUACGCUCUCCACCUGGAGAAUUGGCUCCAGUAUUUCCCCCUUUCCCAGAUCCUUUUUGUCAGUGGUGAAAGACUCAUAAUCGACCCUGCUGGGGAAAUGGCCAAAGUCCAGGAUUUUCUGGGCCUCAGAAGGGUCGUGACGGAGAAACAUUUCUAUUUCAACAAAACCAAGGGGUUCCCUUGUUUGAAGAAACCAGAGGACAGCAGCGCCCCUAGGUGCUUAGGGAAAAGCAAGGGGCGGACUCAUCCCCAAAUAGACCCAGAUGUGAUCCACAGACUGCGGAAAUUUUACAAACCCUUCAAUGUCAUGUUUUACCAAAUGACAGGUCAAGAUUUCCAGUGGGAACAGGAAGAAAAUGAUAAGUGAGGCUAGAAAUACAGGGGAAAGCGAUCAUCUCUCUAGGGGUGAAUCAUUGUCAAAGCCACUCAACUCCUACAGAGCUGCAGUCUCAAUCUGGAAACCGGGGAGGCUCUUAAAUUGUCAAGGUGACACCCACCCCCAUUAAACGUUGAAACCAUCCCACCAGAUAGAGCAUUUAGGGGGUCUUAUCUUUGGGGCUUUUCCCCAAGGUUUCUCAGCCUGAUGGGUUCAGUCUGCAAAAUCGAGUUGCUUCAGGGAAAGGGAGCAAGCUGAGGAUGGAUGUCGUGCCAAAUUGAAAGGGGAUAGAUGCCCAGGUCUUCACCCAGAUGUCAUUAUUUCAACUGUAACCGCAACUGGACUUUGGGGUAAACAUCAGCUGCCAGCAAAGUAGGAGUUGCAUGGAUUAAACCCGGUUGCCAGAAGCCAGAAAAUUUCAUUUAUGGUAAAUUAGGGAGGAAUGAUGAGGCGGAUGAGGGUGGGAACCUAUGUUUGCAAUCGCCCAGGGGUGUUGAGCCGUGAAUUCGGGAAAAAUCCUUUAUACGGGAGCUUCUCUCUCUCCGAGUACUGCUUGAACAGAUGUGUUUAGCAAAGAUCACCUCCCCUUGAGUCCAUCCAGGCUCCCACCGGUAGCCGCAUUCUACAUUUUAGCAUAAGAUGCUGGGAUCUGUAAAGUAGGAGACCAAAGUAGCCUCAGGAAUCUCUGCGGGGAGGAGGGCUCAACACUCAGUCGGUGGUCAAAGUCUUUGAUUGAAACGUCUCCCGGACCCUUCGUGCACUUCGCUUCUUCGAGGGGAGAAGUAGAGAAGGCCUCCACCCGAUACUGAACUAACCUGCCCCACCGCGCUACUUUAAAGGAAGAAAGCCUAUAUCGGCUACUAAAGCUUCUUGUGGGAGAGUGAGGUUCUCACGGUCAGUAGGAGCAAGAGGGAAAAGGUGAAUCAGUCUGUGGCCAUUCAGCUACCAGGGGAAUGCUGGCUCAGUGCUUUGGAACAUGCUGAGAAAGAUUUCUCUCCGAAUUGGGAAAGUUUCUAAAUGCAAUGAGGUUUUCCACGCAAAAGCCCAACUGUUGACAGACAGGAUUAAAUGUUGCUCGGGCUUAGAUGGGGGAAAUCGGAAGGAGAAUGCUCAGGGUUCACAAUUGCCUCUUAAGAGCAUUUAGGGUGAGCACAGCAGACACAGGAUUAUCUGCUGCAGUCCCCUUUACUAUUCUACCAUUUUCCACCAGUAGAGGUUGAGCAUGAUAAGAACCCACUGGAAAGCAGGUUUCUCUUUUAGACCAAAUCCCUUUUCUUGUGUGAAACCCAUGUGUUACCCGAUGUUAGGACCCUGGUAUUUAUUUUCUUUCAAAAGCUCUUUCCUUUCUUUAUCCAGAAGAAAACGACAGGGAUGCUCACGUAGGCACCUACCCUCUGGGAGUGUGUCUUUAUGAUGUUGGCCGUGGACUAACCGGUAUGGCUCCAGAGGAAUAAGUAUUAGUCACUGUGGGGAAACAGCUGAGGAACAGUGGUGGUCAUGUCAUUUAGUCUGGCCCCAGCUUGGUUGGUUUUUGUUAGGAAAAUAAAGUCAUCUUUGUAGCCCCACUCACUGAGAGACAUCCGACUCCUUCAGUUUGAGGAGGUGAGAUGCUGUGUAGGGUUAGGAUGUCCUGGAUGGACAAUCACAUGGUUUGUUAGAUAACCUUCUGCUCUGAAUUGUCACAGAAAAGCUAAAUUCAUUUGUCAAAUUGAGGUGGUGUGGGCCCAGAUCCUGGAUCUUCACAUUAGUUGCCGCUAAAUAAAAUGUCAGUUCCCAUUAGCCUCACCGGAUUAAAAAAACAGCAUCUGACGUGAAAUACUUUUUCACAGACCUACAAAACCCAGAAAUUAUUCUACUGAAAUUGAAAAUAUGGAGAAGGGGAGAGUUUAAUUUUUUUCAGGUGUUAUUAAAAUGUCAUUUUCCCUGCUAAGUGAAAACUGUGUUGUUAUAAAACUUAAUCCAACAUGAUUAAUGGAUUCAGAAUACGUUUUUAUUAAUCUCCCCAACCUCCAGAGAGCCUGUGAUCACCUGACCAGCUGGACGGCCCCAAGCCACUCUGCUCCUCCCUGGUCCUGACCUGUUUUGUAAAUUUGGAGCUGGGGGAAGCAGAAGGGAAGGAGGUUCCAGAAAUGUUCAAUCGUGUACAGGACCUAAAGGCUGCAUGGUUUAUCGAUCCAUACCUGUACCAGAAACAGAGGGUAUUGGCUCAACCUCAUAGUAGCAUUACUCCCAAUUGAAAAACAGCCUUACAAGUGAGAUCUAUUUUUUCAGAGAAGCCCCUAUUGAGACAAAGACACCUUUAUUACCAAAAAAAAAGAAGAUAUAGAUAGCUAGACAUAUAAAUAUAUAUUCUAUGAGUUUAUUUUAAAAAAAUGAAAUGAAAUGGGAUCGUGACAUUUGCACUAUUUCAGAGCAUCUGGCCUGAUAUGAAGAAAGAGAGCCAUGUUUCUCUUCAGCCUUUUCCCUUCUUAGCACUGUUUCCCUCCCCACCCCCCCACCCCUACUCUAUCACCCUUAUUCUAUCACUGGGGGGUACAGUGCUCAUAAGCAGAAAAAUAGGAUUAUGGGAGAGCUUGCUUAUGUUUCUUGUGCACAGUUGUUCAGCCAGAAAGCUCUCUAGCCUGAUUUCCAUCACGCUUAGAAGGGCUUGGCUUUUAUUGCCCUCUGAAAAUUCAGAGUCUUCCUCUGACGUAUCAAGGAGGGUGCUAAGGAGGAAUUACUGGUUUGCACAGAACCUGCCCUCAAGUGGGACAGGUUCUGUGUCUGAUCUGUCAGUAUUGCAUCUGCCCCAGGGCUUCGUAUAGUACGUGGCACAUUGCGAGUGCUUAACAAAUAGCAAGACUAUUGUCGGUGCCCUUCCCUUUGAAUCUUCAUCCCAGGCAAAUGCAGAAACCCCAUCUUGCUACCCUGUUUCCAGAAUAUUAACUUUAACUGUAGGACUCGACCCCACACCCCUUCCUUAUCCUGCAACGUGCACAUGUGCAUGGAUACACACACACGUGCACACCCACGUACACACACACACCCCACGGGAUUUCUUCCAUGCCUGUUUUCUUCCCAAUUUUAGGCAAGCGUGCUUUUUUUUUUUUGACAUGACAGGAGUAAAUGCUGGAGAAGGAAAACAUGCUCUGCUAAGUGCCAAGAAAAGAGGGAGCUUGGCUUGUGUAUUGAUGAAAGUAUUACCAGUACAUAUACAGUUGCUCUCGCUUAAAAUUCUUUCUCUUGAAAAAACAGUACAUCCAUUAGUCACCCUGGAUGAGAGGUGUGGCCAUAUUCGACAUGAUUCCCAGUAAUUCAUGAAGGUAACCCGGGUCACUAUUCCCUUUCACUUGGGCGAUAUUCCCAUCAUGCAGGGAUGAAAAAAUGCUUAGUGAUUCACAAAGACAAAUCGCAGGAUUUUGAGGAGGUGAGAAAAGUCCCCAGGACUAGUGGAUACGGUGCAAAGAGAGUCAGCAGGAGUGAGGGAACUUUUGAGUUUUUGCUUUACAAAUCUGUCUUCUAGCCAACUGCUAACAAACAUCUCACAGGAUCUAGGAGAAAGGAAGUCACCAGCAGUGUUUGCUUAAUGUGCCAGCGGGGCCCUGGAAGUCACUACCCUGAGUCUUUGUAGAUGCAAAGUAUCUGGAUAAUUCAGGCCUGAGAAAUAUCCAGGUAUUUCCUGUGGGUAGGAUUUUAUGGACUGAACUAUCCAGGCAAUUCAGGCACAAGCAUAGGCAGGCCUCAAUUAUCUAGAUAGUAUUCAUGAGCAGCAAUCCAGUAUCUGUCUAAGCUUUCCUGAGGAGAGUGUUUUGCACCUGUCCUUGUUUCUCAUUCUCUGUGGGAUAAACGUUGGGGAGGCAGAAGCCAUUUUGAUCUUUGAGCAAUGAUGUGAAGAAUCUGCGCUUGUGAAUGGAUGACUGACACCGAUUCCGGAUUCAGGAAAAAAGACUCAAUCGUUUCGUUUUUUUUCAAUUCUAUUUUCUGAAAUGUAAACUUUGGCUGUUCCCUCAAUGGCUCCGGAAGGGAUCUGCUGAGUCAAUCUCCAUUUUUUAAAUGGGAUAACUUGACAAAGGAAUUAUUUUCUACAGAGACUGGCAGAGGCAACCACUUGAAAGAGAUUUGGGUUAAUGACAUUUUUAUUUUCUAUUUAAAUGUCUGCAUUCGACUCACGGGGGACUGGAUUUUAUAUUUGAUUUCAAUUAGCAAAGCAUAAAUUACACCAAAUUUUCUAAAUUCCAAGGUGAAGAUUCAUUGUCCUGGAAAAGCUGGUACUUUGUGGUUCAGAGACUAGAAGUGGAGAUGGUGUAAGCCAAACAGUUCUGCUGUCAGAUUUCCCAAACAUGUCUCUUUCUGUCUGUAUCCUGCUGUACCUGAAAGAUAUGAAAAUCUUGAACUUCAAGUUUGACACCACUCUAGACAAUAAAACAAUGUAACAGCCACA